CGAAUCAAUGCGUCGUUGAUGCCAGUUCGUCCUUGGCUUGUACCAUCGGACAGCUGCAUGUCAGCUUGUUUCGAACUGCAGUCGUUCGGUGAUACCACACUUGAGCCUUAUUCUAGUCUCAUAAAUCUUCUUUAUGUGUAUCCAAUCUCUCUAAAAUAUGAUUCACAAAAAACGUUCAACAAAGCCAGGAAUAUUGCAUGUUCCGUCAAAUUCAUCUCGGCUGCCACUAGAGGAUGUGAAGGCGAUAAGGCAAUCUACGAUCGUUUCGCGUCGCCAACACCAUUCGUCAAUUCAGCACGCUGCGCAAUUCAACAUCACGAACAAAAUCCGACGUUUUCUGAUGAAAUCAAAAUCCAGUUACCUGUUUCACUCGACUUCACCGAUCAUCUGCUGUUCACAUUCACACACAUCUCAGUUGCCGGUGCUACUGCUUCUAAAACACCAAACGAAGUAUGUCUGUUCAUCUAUUUUCAGUGA